AUGGCCUCCCUCCCAGGUUAUUCGGCCUCUAGCCGGCCACAGUCAUCUGAUAAUAAUACUACCUCCACUACCCAACAGAAUAGCCUAUCCACGAAUAUAACCAGCAGCGCUUCAUCGACAGAAUUGUUUGAAGCUAGCGAUACCGUCCUGCUCAACGGCACCUCGGAUACCGCCACCGCCCAUGGCUCCCCGACAAGUCCGACUCUCGCCGAUACGUCUGGUGAGGAACCACGCAGAUGUUGGAUUUGCUAUACAGAUGAGACAGAGGACUCUCCCCUUAACUCACAAUGGCGCUCGCCAUGUCCAUGCGCCUUGACCGCCCAUGAAGCCUGCCUGCUUGACUGGUUGGCGGAUCUCGAGAAUCCCCGAUCGCGGAGGCGCAACGGCCACGACGCAAAGAUGCUGUGUCCGCAAUGCAAGACCGAAAUCAUCGUUUCUCGUCCCCGAAGCUAUAUUGUGGAUAUAGUAAGACUGGUUGAGCGCCUCGCGGGUCGGAUGGUCCUCCCAGGAAUGGUUUUCACGUUAGGAGCAACCGUGUGGGCGGGGUGCUGUGCGCAUGGAGUAUAUUCGAUGUAUUUUGUCUUCGGGACAGACGAGGCACGCCAGAUCUUGGAGGAAACAGCUGAUGGGGCAUGGAAUUCGGGGCUUAACCUGGGGUUGCCCCUCAUCCCGCUCGUGUUGAUCUUCUCGCGCACCCGGUACGCAGAUGGUCUUCUUCCUGCCAUCCCCGUGAUGUUCUUUGCCACACAUCAACCGGGACAGGAGCUGGAGUUGAAUCUUUGGCCGCCCAGUGCGGCAGUGACGUUCGCCGCUCUUCCAUACCUAAAAAGCUUUUACGGCAGCGUCUAUGAGAGAAUGUUUGGCAAGUUGGAGCGGAGAUGGAUUGCAGAAGUACAACCGCGCUCGGAUGUCAAUGAGUUUGACGAUAAUGCGCCGCCCGAACAUCCCGAGCCAGACCCACCUAACGAUGAUAAUGGCGUCCUGAUGGAGAUAGAUUUGGAGCUACGCAUGGGCAAUGAGGAUGGGCCGCAGGGCUUGUUUGGCUUUAAUGGAGGAAAUGCGCAGGGUGGACAAGGGCAGAACCAGGGUGGAAACGGCCAGCCAUUGGGCUUGGGUCGACGGGAUGAGCUGGUAGCCGACACAAGUAGUCUGGCGGAUAUCAUCCUCGGAGCACUUGCGUUUCCCGCCAUAUCUGCGUCGAUGGGCGGGCUGUUGAAGUACAUUUUACCUACUUCAUGGACGACGCCAUCUACGUUGGGCAAAGUCCGACCAGGGCUGCUGCAGACCCGCUGGGGCCGGAGUGUCGUCGGAGGAUGUGCAUUCGUGCUGUUGAAGGAUGCGCUGGUGUUAUAUUGUCGGUGGAAAUUGGCGCAGACGCACCGACGCCGCAAGGUGUUGAACUACGAUCGAUCGAAGAAGCGGGCUGGGAAGGCUGAUCGAUAG